GGACGCAGCGCUCCGAUGUUCCGCUCAGCUCCACAGGAGAACGGUCUGCAGGAGGAGCAGGAGGAGGAGGAGGAGGAUCUUGAGGAUGCGGUGGACGCGUCCCACCUGGAGAAGUUCAUGCGGGACCGGCGGAGGGCCCGCUCCCUGCCGGCCUACCCUGCCGCGCUGCUGGACUCGGACUCCGGCAGGAAGCGCGUAAAGUUCGCGGACUCCAUGGGUCUGACUCUGGCCAGCGUCAAACACUUCAGCUCCCUGGAAGACCCGCAGAUCCCCUCCAAAGUCCUGUCCCGCCACAAGAGCUUCCCUCCCCCGCAGCAGGAGCCGCUGAGCUUCCGGUCCAGCCUGGACCCGGACCGCCUGGAGGUCUGCUUCCCGGAGCUGCGGGACGCGGAGCGGCGGGUCCGCGAGCUGCGGGUCUGCCUGGAGAGGCUGCUCAUCACGCAGUUCGACGUGCGGGGCCAGGUGCGCGUCCUGCCGGGCACCUCGGUGCGGGAGGUGGGGGUCAGGUACACCUUCAACAACUGGCUGUCCCACGUGGACGCGCAGGCGGUGCCGGCGGAGGAGUCCGGGUCAGAGGGGGUCCGGUUCGGCUUCAGCGUCUUAACCUCCCCCUUCAUGGACCCCAGCACCGCGGUGCACUUCGCCGUCUUCCUGCGGAGCGACGAGGGCGAGUUCUGGGACAACAACCGGGGCCAGAACUACACGCUGCGGUACCGGAACCAGCGCGGCAGAACCGGCUCCCCACCCCCCCUCUGAGGAGCACCGGGAGAAAAAAGCUCCUCCUGCUUUCCAUCCUAACAUGGUUCCUCCACCAUCUGGACCCACCUGCCCGUUCCCAUGACAACCGAACCCAAGCACAGGUCCAGGUGGUUUCCAUGACAACAGGAUGCUGAUGCCCGCUCAGCAGAACCACCGGAUGGACUCCAGAAUCCAGCUGGAACUUCCCGCCUUUGACUUUCAGGAUGAAAUCAGGAAAUUCAUGGGCGGUUCUAGACGGGGGCCCACGGGGGCCACUGCCCCUGUAGAUCAUGUCCUGGCCCCCGCUAUGGCCCCUGUACUGAAGACAUAAUACUCAAACAUAUUGUAAU